GUGUUUAUACCUACUCUUUUCUUUCAUCAUCCCGAAGUAGGCACUCCUUCCGUUCUCCCCUAUUCUGCUCUUUCUUUGUAUUGCUUCCCAACCUUUAUUGCCCUUACUUCUUUGUUAUUCUCCACCACCCCCCAUGGCUUCCUCCUUUUCUCCCGACUACAUUAUUGUGGGCGGUGGUACAGCAGGCCUGGUUGUAGCUAACCGGCUAUCCGAGGACCCCAACAUUCGGGUCUUGGUGCUUGAGGCCGGAAAAGACCUCUCUGCGGAUCCUAGGGUCAACAUCCCAGCUUUCUGGGCGACCCUUAUAGGCUCCGAGGCUGACUGGGAUUUCAGAACCGUACCUCAACCACGCCUAGAAGGCCGAUCCAUUUUAGCCACCCAGGGUAAAGCUUUGGGCGGCUCUUCGGCCAUCAACUGCCAAGCUUUCAUUGCCCCAGCCCAGGCCGAGAUCGAUGCUUGGGAAAAGCUGGGUAACCCCGGAUGGGACUGGGCUAGCCUAGUACCCUCCUUCAAGAAGUCGUACACGCUUAUACCACCAUCGGAUCAAGCUACGCUUGACCACCUCGGUAUCGACUGGAUCGAAGACGAGUAUCGUGGUACCUCAGGCCCUAUCAAAGUAUCCUUCCCAGGCAUCGUUCAGAAUCCUCUAUGCAAGGCCUGGGUUGAUGCCUUCCGUGGCUUGAACAUGGCUACCAAUGCCGAUCCGUUCUCGGGUAAUUCCAUCGGAGGCUACAGUAAUGCGGCAACUGUUGAUCCAGAAACCAAGACCCGGAGCUAUGCUGAUUCCGCGUAUGGUGCACCUAUUCGCCAGAGAUCCAACGUGCGGAUUCUCGCGGAGGCUAAGGUUCAGAAGAUUCUACUAACCAAGACGCCCGCCGGUAUUGUCAAGGCCACAGGGGUACAAACCCUUGUGGAAGGCAAGGCCGAGAUAUUCACGCCUGCCAAAGACGUUAUACUCGCGAGCGGUGUAUUCAACACGCCUAAGCUCCUUGAACUCUCAGGUAUAGGCAACCCGAAGGUACUAGAACGCCACGGCAUCCAGGUCCACGUGAAUCUUCCUGGGGUCGGCGAGAACCUCCAAGACCACUUGAUGACGGGACUGAGCUACGAGGUAGUCGACGAUGUCAUGACGGGCGACCCGCUUUUGCGACAGGAACCCGAGGCGCUCGCCCAGGCCCAGAAGCUCUACACCGAGCAUAAAUCUGGCCCUUUCACCAUUGGCGGCAUGCAAUCCCACGCCUUCAUGACCACCCCCAACAUCGCUGAGCUGCUCGACCAGUUUCCUCGCGCCCAGGACACUACCACCACCACCACCACCACCAACGACACCGAGUACUACAACACCAUCCGCUCCAUCCUCGAGGCCCCUGACAGUAGUUCCAUCGCGUGGCUCAUGUUUCUCGCGCAGGCCAACCUCCACGAAGACGAGAAGAGCUUCGUCGGCGGCCAGCUGCUGCCCGAGAACUUCGCCAGCCUGGGGUGCAGCCAAUCGCACCCGUUCUCGCGGGGGUCCACGCACAUCUCCUCCGCCUCCCCCUCCGCCUCCCCGCACAUCGACCCGCGGUACCUCUCGCACCCGGCCGACCUGGAGAUCCUGGCGCGCAACCUGCAGGCGCUGGACACGACGCUGCGGCCCGCGGCGCCGCUCGCGCCCUUCUUCAAAUCGGGCGGGAGGCGCAACCACGCGGACGCGUUCCGCGUCAGCGAGGACUUGGAGGCCGCGAGGCAGUACGUGAGGGACACGGCGACGACGACGUUCCACAGCUGCGGGUCGGCGGCGAUGCUGCCGCGGGAGAAGGGGGGCGUGGUGGAUCCCGGGUUGAGGGUGUAUGGGACGCAGAAUGUGAGGGUUGUGGACGCGAGUGUGUUUCCGCUGAUCCCGAGGGGGAAUUUGAUGGCGACGGUGUAUGCGGUUGCGGAGAGGGCGGCGGAGGUUAUUAAGGGGGAGUGAGGGGAGGUACAUAUGUAGUCGGAAAUUGAGUCAGAACUUGACAAAUCUAGGCAAAUAAGGCUCAGUAGGAUGUUGGAAAAGAAAUUAUAAUUCAUUAUUAAACUUGAAGAAGUGAUUUCUCAACCACUGAACUAAAGCAAGGGGCAAACUUUAGGUUAGGUGUUCAUUGGAUAUCUUCGUUUCGCGACACCCCCCUCGCCAUCAAUU